AUGCAGUGGCCGACACCGCCGGAAUGCUGCCAAAAGACGGUGUCCAAUAUCAUUGCUCGUGUUGUGGAUGCCUUGGCGCAUCCCGACAUCGUGCAACAGUUCAUAAAGUUCAAGCCCGAGGACGAGCAGUGGUGCAGGGCCCGAUCCAAUGAGUUUGCAAGGACCGGGAGGAUGUCCAAUGUGAUCGGAGCCGUGGAUGGCACACUGGUCCGGAUAAGGACUCCGGCUGUUGACGGUUACCAGUACGUAAGCAGGAAAGGAACAUCAUGCCUCAACGUCUGCUUCAUUGUAGACGCUGUUGGCCGUGUCCUCUACGUUAACACCGGGUCCCCGGAUCAGUGCACGAUACCACUUUUUGGCGUAAUUCCUCGUAAUUCCUGCGGCGGUCUUCAACAGUGGAGUGGUUUGAUUAUCGCCGGUUAUCGCCCCCUCGGUGAUAAUGGUUACGCCAACGGAAAAAGCGAUAUAACCACAAUCAUUGCCGCGUUCGAUUGUGGAGAUGACCAUCGGUCGUCUGAAAUCGCGUUUCCCCAUUCUCUCGUCAGAACUGAGAGUGGGGCCUCAACGAGCGUCAAAGAUUAUAAUUGCAUGCGCGGUUCUGCACAAAAUAAGCUUGUGCCUGAACCCACUACAAUGCGACAACUCGGACGAAGGAAGGCCACCAUGGCGCAUCCGGCCGGCAACGUGCCCGACGUCCGCCACUACAUUGCGGAGCGACUGAAGACGCCAUGCAAGUAUGCGUAG